CUCGAGCUCCACAAGCCGCCGCCCAUCCGCCGUCAUGGCCAAGAAGCGCCGCGCGUCCGCGGCCUCCGUUAAGAAGGCGUCGCCCGCCGCCGCCGCCAUGAGCUCCUCGCCCUUCCCGUACCCGUCGCCGGCGCCCGCCACGCCCAGCCGCUCGCGCCGCUUCAACCUGCCGCGCGUGCACACGGCACGCUCGGGCGUGGCUGCCAGCACGCGCUCGCAGCUCAGCGCGCCGCAGCUGCCGGUGCUGUCACCGCCGCUCAAGAAGCGCGUGACGUCGCGCCGCAGCGCCAAAGCCGUCAAGCUCCAGCUGCCGGACGACGACGCAGCGGAGGAAGGCGAGAAUGAUGGUAGCAGGACCAACUGCUGCGUGCACUACGGCAGCGAGACGGAGACGGAGGACGAAGAGGACAAGCAGCAGCUCAUCAAGCCGGACCCGUAUCUGCCCGAUGCCUACCAGCGCCGCGCGACGGUCUUGAGGCGCGCAGGGAGCUUCUACGACGCUAUGCUCACUCGGGCUCGAGUGCACAACAACCACAGCGAGUUCAUCGCGCUGCAGGCUCUGGAGUUCGAGAAGCAGUUCUUCCUCUGGACGAGAGCGGGCCGCGUCGGAUGCGCCGGCAAGACGACGCUCACAGGCCCCUUCCCGAGCGCGGAGAAGGUUACGCUGGAGUUCUGCACCUUGUUCGCGUCUAACACUAGUUGUGAGUGGGAAGAGCGCCAUGCGCUGCGGUACCAGGAAGGAAGCUACACGUGGAUCGAGCUGGAUUAUUCCACCGGGACGCCCUACUCCGAGUCACUCACAAGCGCGCUGGCGGACAACCAGGGAGAGGUGGACAACGAAGACAGCUUCCGAGACUUUGAUAUAGUGCCGACAUCGACGUCACCGCCGCCACUACCGCUGCCGUUGACGUCUUCUGGUCGCAAGCGUCGACGAGCUGCCAUGUGGACAACUUACUCGUCCGCUGCCUCUACAAUUCCUGCGACGCCUUCAACGGGCUUAAGACGGUCGCUGAGCACCCAAUUCGACUGGCUGUAUGCCAAUUCGGACGGCGACAUUGCCAGUGCCGCUUCUUCAGAGACGACGACUUGCGCGUGUGCGACUGCGCCACAGUCGCGAUUGCCUACCGAGGUGCAGGACUUCCUGACGCUUAUUGCUGAUCACACGGAGCUGUCGUACGCGUACACCGUCACCGAUGACCUGCUGGGUGACGCCAUCAUGAAGCUGCCACUCGGACGUCUAUCCAAGACAACCAUCAAGCGCGGAUACGAGACGUUGGAGGAAAUCUACCAAGCGCUGCGCAGCCGACAGGUGUCUCGGGCGCGGUUGACGAACCUGAGUAGCCACUUUUACUCACUUAUCCCGCACCACUCGCGUCUGGAGGUUAUCGAUACAAUGGUGAAACUAGGCAAGAAGAUCCAGCUAAUGGCUGAAGUCGGAGCUAGUGUGCGUGGGAUGGCCCACGAGCCGGUGGCACGGCGGUGUGCCUCGAGGAACUACUUGGAUGAGUGUUACGAUUUGUUAGAGUGCGAGCUACAACCUGUGAAGAGCUCGGAUCCCGAUUUUGCGCUAAUUCAGACGUAUAUCCGCAACUCGAACUGCUGCGGGCGGAAGCAGGACCGACUGCAAUUGCUGUCAGUCUUCCGCGUUGAGAAGCCCGAGCAGGAGACGCGCUUUGAGCCUUUCCGCAAAUUUGCCAACCGACGGAUUCUGUGGCACGGCAGCCACUUGGCAAACUGGUUGGGCAUCCUGUCGGAAGGGCUGCGGAUCGCGCCGCCCGAGGUGGCGUCGAAUGGACGAACUUUCGGCAAAGGGCUGUACUUCACGGACAAGGUGACGAAAGCGCAGGCAUACUGCCACUGCCGGCCGACGAAUGGCCACAACCAGUGCGUGUUCGCUCUGAGCGAGGUGGCGCUAGGUGAGAGCAAAGAGAUGCUGAACUCGGACGACAACGCGAAGCAGUUUGUACACACUGGAGCCGGCGGACGUGCCAAAGGAGCCUACUACCACAGCUGCAAAGGAGUUGGAUCGUGCCGGCCGGACUCUGCUGGAGAAGUUGUGGACAUUCACGGUGCCGUGUGGCCUGUAGGCAAACCAGUCCAGCCGGAGGAGCGAACGGGGCUGCACCACAGCGAGUAUAUCAUCUACAACCCGAACCAGACACGGAUGCGCUACGUCGUGCUGGCCAGGAGCCCUUAUUAA